AUGGAUUAUCAGCAGAAGCUAUCACUGCGGUUUAACCAGUGGUCUGAUUCAAAGGUUAGCAGAAAGUAUAUUGACGAUGAUGUUGCCUUCCAUGUUCUUUCGAAACUCCCCGUUAAAUCAUUGAAGCGUUUUGGUUGCGUACGCAAAUCAUGGUCCAUUUUAUUUGAAAAUUCUCAUUUCAUCAAUAUGCUCCGCAACCAUUUCAUAUCUCAUAGCAAUUCCGACGAUCAUCGUACAUACCUCCUCAUAUUUAAACGUGAUUGUGCUGAUCGUUACCAUCCUGAAUUGCAUUUGCUCGAUAGUAGAAUCAAAUUAACUUUGCCACCUCCAUUUCAAGAGGAUGACUUUUAUCUUAAUAUUUUGGGAAAAACAAGUGUUAGCGGUGUUUUUUGUAUCGGGACAAAGGAUGUAAGGGGAGAUUCUAAUAAGGUCAAAUAUGUAUUGUGGAACCCAGCUAUCGAAGAAUUCGUUGUCAUUCCUCCUAGCCCCGAUGAGCUUGUACCAAAACACCCUCGCCUUGGCGUGUUUCAUGGCUUUCAUGGGUUUGGUUAUGACCAAGUAAGAGAUGACUUUAAGAUGAUUCAAUAUGUAACGUUUGAUAGCUCAAGUUGUAAUGACUAUGAUCCUGAUUCUCCUCCACCACAAGUCUCUGGAGGAUUGUCAGCCUUCAAGAUUCUCCGCUCAAGUUCUGAAGCUUAUGAAGAACAAGAUCUGAAGCCUCUGAAGACCAAAUUCUGA